GCUCCAGAGGCAUGCGACCUCUGACAUAUAUAGCAAUUGUAAGUCGCUUUGGAUAAAAGCGUCAGCUAAAUGAAUAAAUGUAAAUGUAAAUGUAAAUUUGAAUUCUACACAGAAUGCUAAAUUGUAUAGCAUUGUGGCUGUCAUACCCUGUCAAAUGCGUAGGCUGUUCAUAUUACACAUUUUAGCCAUAAAUUGCUAUUUUAGAAACUAAUUUGUAUGGGAACUUUAUACAGGCUAAGUGUUUGAUGCAAAAAUGUGCUUAGCUACAGAUGUUGCAAUAACAUAUUACAAACAACACAACACUCUAAGUGUCUUCUAUGUUACAACACUUAGGUGUCGUGUCCCCUACUGAAAAACGUAUGAUCUCUCGAUAUAACUUCACUGUAUAAAAGUUUUAUUUUUAUAAGACACUUGCCACAUUUGACGUUUCUCAUGAAAACAUGCUGUGCACACAACAAGGCGCCGAAAUGAGUGCAACUCAAACACGCCCCUCCUCCGUUCUCUCUCUCUCUCUCUCCCUCUCUCUGCUGCUCUAGAGAGGGAAGUAAGCGACUCUUUCCAUCACUAGCUUGACUUUUAUGCGAAGUCCACAGGUUUUAUUUUUUGACCGACCAGAAUCAAGAAACGAAUUCACAUGAACAUUCGGAUUUUUGAAGAAACUCCUACCACCGUCGAGCCAAAUGAACCGUCCGCACGCGCUGAAAGCGUUUUGUUCGGGAACGUUUUGUUUCUACUACUGUACACGAGCGAGGACUGAAGAAGCGGUAGGAUGUCAAAUGCUACAGAUGAUGUCAACUCGUAUCCACACGUACGUGUUUGGGCAGCGGGAGUUUCUUUGAUCAUUUUGGCUUUUUUCAACUUGAUCAUCAACUGGACCAUAGUGCGCGAGGUGCGUCUGCGAAGCCAUGCGCGCUUCGUCCUCGUGUUCCAUUUGCUGUUCUCCGCGCUGGUUUACUUCGCAGUCAGCUUUAGCUUUAACUUACAAAGUUACCUGAAAGCAGCGACCAGGCCAACCAUAUGUCUGGCGCUAAUCAAAGGUCUGAUGACAAGCGGCUCCAAUAUCAUCCUCACCAUCACGGCGAUGGCGCUGGACCGUUAUCUUGCCAUAUGUUACCCGCUCCACUACAGCAAAGUCUGUUUUAAACCCUGGCCAUGGCUCAUCGGGAUCCUAACAUGGGGACUGGCGUUGAUUAUUCCUCUCACCCUAUCACCCAAAAUAGAAAAUGGCACUGUGUCAUGUGGAAGAAAAUCUUUGCGAGGCGGAGAAAUGCACAAAAUCGUUUUAAUAUCCAUCUGUACUGUUCUUAUCGUGUACAGCUAUGUACGGAUCUUAUGUGAGGGGCGUCGUCUGGGUGUGUUGAACCGGCGCAACCGGGCUGCUUGUAAGACUAUCGCUCUCCACGGCACGCAGCUGGCCGUCUUCAUCCUCCCGAAUUUCAUACUGUUUUUGCUACAUAUCCUUAAAAGCAAAGAAUUACUCGAGAGCUCCACAAAAGAGCUUUUUGCUGUCAUAAGUUUCGCUUUCUUCAGCCUGGCGCAGUGCAUUGCGCCGAUAGUAUACGGACUGCGUAAAGAGGAACUACUGGAACAUCUUAAUCACCGGUUCCCGUGUUUAUCCGUCCAGUUGAAACGCAUUUUGGAGUGGACUGUCAACAUCACACAUCCCAAUCGGCGUCGCCAGCAAAGGGAGCGGAGAAUGACUUCAGAGACUUUAUUAUCAAGAGAGAUCUCACAGACGACUGUGUGACAUCUUUGGAUUAAGAUGGAUUUGGAUUUUCUUUUUUACAGAGACUGGGAUUUUUUGUUGAGAAAACAAACUUGUGACUUUCAGAAAACUGAGAAUUUGUAUUCUUCAAGUCAUAGAUUCAUUAAGUCGGACUAUAAUACAGCAACUACAUGGGUGUUCAAGAAUUAAUUUUGCCAAAUGGAGAGCUGAAGAUUAAGUCAACUGUGAUUUUUAAA